AUGGGUACAGAGCCCAUACCUGAGCAAGGAGCAGCAUCCGCAGAAGGAAAAGUGAUAGAAGCUGAAGAAAAAGCAAAAGAAGACAUUGACAGUGGCCUAGAUGGUUCAGACGCCCCGGGCCCCAUAUAUGAGGAAAGCGACGAACCUGAUGAGGACAGCGAUGAUAGUCAUGGAGAACCAGAAGAGCAACAGCAGGAGCAACAGCAGGAGCAACAGCCCCGCCGGGCCAACAUCCGGCGUCCACAGCCACGGAACAGGCGUCCGAUGGCCCAACGUUUCACAUUCACCGUGAUGCAGAUGCAGGAGCUGGAGCGCAUUUUUCACCGCUACCCCUAUCCGGACAGGUGCUUGAGACAGGACAUUGCAAGACACAUGCAUGUGACUGAAGCCCGGGUGCAGGUCAGUAAACCUGAAUAA